UACUACUACAGAGGUGGAGCAGGCAGAGAAAGUCGAGCAGUCAGUCCUAACCCGUCUCUCCAACAUGGGAACUUUUUUUGACCGAUUAUGGAUAUUUUCUGGUUUAUUAUUAGCUUCUUCUGAAGUUCUUGGCUCAAACAUCUGCACGUCUCGAGGGGUGAGCACCUGCAGACAGUGUUUGGCUAUCCACCCUAGCUGUGCUUGGUGCUUUAAGGAAGAGUUUGGCCAAGGGGGCUCCAGUGUGUCCCGUUGUGAUCUGAAGCAGAACCUGUUGGAUGGGGGUUGUACGAAGGAGGAGCUAGAGUUCCCCUUCAGUACCCUCAGCGUGCAGAAAGACACGCCCCUCAGUGACAAGGCGUCGGGGGCGGCUGAUGACGUCACCCAGAUCAGACCCCAGAAACUCCGCCUCACUCUGAGACCAGAUGAUGCCAGGCGUUUCACAGUGACAGUGAAGCAGGUGGAGGACUACCCAGUUGACCUGUACUAUCUGAUGGACCUCUCCUACUCCAUGAAGGACGACUUGGCCCGCCUGCGCUCCCUGGGCAACCAGCUGGCUGCAGCGAUGGGCCGCACCACCAGCAACCUGCGUAUGGGCUUUGGGGCCUUUGUGGACAAGCCCCUGUCCCCAUAUAUGUACACCUACCCUGAGGAAGCCGUCAGUAACCCUUGCCAUGGGAUCCAGACGCGGUGCCUGCCUCAGUUUGGCUACAAGCACGUGCUGUCUCUGACCAAGCAGGUGGAGCGCUUCACCGAGGAGGUGGCGAAGCAGCAGGUGUCUCGUAACAGAGACUCUCCAGAGGGAGGCUUCGACGCGGUCAUACAGGCAGUGGUGUGCAAGGACAAGAUAGGCUGGCGUGGGGAUGCCUCCCACCUGUUGGUGUUCACUACCGACGCUACGACACACAUAGCCCUGGACGGACGGCUGGCUGGUCUAGUGCAGCCCAAUGAUGGACAGUGUCACAUCGACAGAGACAACAACUAUGACAAGUCGUCCACCCUGGACUACCCCUCUCUGGCUCUGAUCACAGAGAAGAUGUCUGAGAACAACAUCAACCUCAUUUUCGCUGUGACCAACAAUGUGAUGCCCCUCUACCAGAACUACAGCCAGCUGAUUCCUGGCACCACAGUUGGAACGCUGUCGGAUGACUCUGGGAAUGUGAUCCAACUCAUCCUGGAUGCUUACGAGAGGAUCCGUUCCAAGGUGGAGCUGGAGUUGCUGGGUGUUCCAGAGGAGCUGGCUCUGUCCUUCAAUGCCACCUGUCUCAACGGAGAGCUCAUCCAGGGACUCAAGUCCUGCUCCGGACUUAAGAUCGGAGACACAGUGUCGUUCAGUGUGGAGGCCAGGUUACACGGCUGCCCUAAGGAGAAGAACCGUACCUUCACCAUUAAACCUGUGGGCUUCAAGGACGCCCUGGAGGUUACGGUCCACUUCGCCUGCGGGUGUGACUGUGAGGCCACAGCCCAGCCCGAGAGCCCUCUCUGUAACCAGGGAAAUGGGACCUACGAGUGUGGUGUGUGCCAGUGUCACCCGGGGCGCCUGGGAGACCGCUGUGAGUGUGCCGACGGGGACUACAGGCCCUCAGACCAGGGCAACUGCAGCCCCAAAGCUGAAGACGCCAUCUGCAGUGGGAGGGGAAACUGUGUGUGUGGCCAGUGCUCCUGCCACACUAGUGGCUUUGGAAAAGUGUGGGGCAAGUACUGCGAGUGUGACGACUUCAACUGCCUGCGCUUCAAAGGAGAGAUCUGCUCAGGCCAUGGGAAAUGUGACUGUGGCUUCUGCAAGUGUGGCUCUGACUGGAUGGGGGAGAACUGUAACUGCACAACCCGGACAGACACCUGCAUGUCCAGUAUGGGCCUGCUGUGCAGCGGCCGGGGCCAGUGUGUGUGUGGGGCCUGUGAGUGCACCCAGCCAGGGGCCUACGGGGCCACUUGUGAGAGGUGUCCAACCUGCCCUGAUGCCUGCAGCAUCAAGAAGGAAUGUGUUGAAUGUAAGCACUUCAAGAGAGGCCGUCUCUUUGAGGAGAAAAGCUGUCCCCGAAUCUGCAGGGAUGAAAUUCAGAAGGUGGAAGAACUAGUCUUCUAUGAGAAGAAUGCUGUGAACUGCACCUAUAAGGAUGAGAAUGACUGUGUAGAGCACUUCCAGUACUACGAGGAUGCCAGUGGAAAGUCCAUCCUAUAUGUCAUGGAGCCUGACUGCCCUAAAGGGCCUGAUAUCCUGGUGGUUCUCAUGGCGGUGGCGGGGGCCAUCUUGUUUCUGGGUCUGGCUGGCCUGCUCAUCUGGAAGCUGCUGGUCACCGUUCAUGAUCGCCGAGAGUUCGCCAAGUUUGAGGAGGAGAGGGCUAAGGCCAAAUGGGAUACGGCUAACAACCCCUUGUACAAAGGAGCCACCACCACUUUCACCAAUGUGACCUACCGUGGGAACUCUUGAGGGACUCUUGACCAAUCACAAUCAGCAAAACUCAGGGGUCUAUGAGAGAUGCAAUGUAGUGACACAGAGGGGGUUGGUGAGGUGGAACCUCUCCACUGUCAUGUGAUGAAGUGUGCUGACUCUAAUGUCAAUGAAAUACAUUUGUUGACAUUGUAUUGUAGUGAUGGUAUUGUACAUAUCAUGUAAAAACCAAAUCAUUCAAACUGCCUUAUCCAACAUUUAAAUGUCAGUCCAAAUUAUGGCAAGGCCUCCAGGACCCCUAUUUCACCCACGAGGUGUGACGUCGUUCCCGUAAUAAGGCCUAGUAUAGUUCAGCGACCCCAAACCUACCUUUGGAGAGAAAGAUUGUUAUGCUCUGUUAUUGUUUCAAAUUUGGUUUAUGAAAUUGCACUGCACACACCACAGCACACUUGUCCACAGGCCUCUUUUACAAACAACCUGGUUGUAGUAUAUUAUUAUGGAGCCCAGCUGCUUACUACUACUGCCACGGUUUACUUGUGUUAUGACACUGAACUCAGGUAUUCACACUGUAUUACAAAAAAAGUAAAGUCCAAUACCUGUAAUAAACAGCCACAUGGGAUAUCAUGAGUUUUAGUUAAUGGUGCCCAAUGUAUGUUGUAUGUUAAUGGUCACUAAUGAACAGCUAUGGCAAUCUGCUCUAGCAUGUGUACAGUACAGUAUGCAUUUGUGCUUUGGUAUCAAACUUGGGAGUGAUGGACAUCAAUGAACUGUUUGUAGCCAAGUUUGACAGUUGUUAGAAUGUGGCUAGACAAACAGAAGAAGUUUGUUUUAUAAAUCACAUUUUUUUUUAUAUAUAAAAGAAAGCAUUUCUGGGACUGUCUUUUUUUUUAGCAAUUUCACUCUGCUAAAAUAUAUUUUAGAAAAAAUGAUCUGCUUUUGUGUUUUCCUUUUAUAUAUAUAUAUAUAACAUUAUGUUUAAUUGAAUGAGUAUCAACAACACAUUGUGCAAACCAGUACAAACCCGAUUUGCCAUGGAGAAAGAUACGGAGAUUUAUCCGCAUGUGCAGGAUUUUAUUUUUUUAACCAAGAUGCUGUCAACUCCGCUGCUGCUCAGUGCUUCGUUGCCGCUUCACCCACCCGUAACAUGAGCAUCUCGUCAUUAUAUACACAUCUCUGGUUUCAGCCACUUACAAAUUAAAAAGUUAAGUUGGCAGGUGCACAGUGCACUGCUAAGAUGCUCACUAACCCAUUAAGCACAUUGGUGUUUUGCCAAAAGUAUAUAAUCACCCCUGUCUAAAUAAAAUAAUUCUAAAAACUUGA